GCGGUAAUGCACCGAAUUUUGUGGUUUAGUGUCACAGUCAUGUGACAAAAUGCUCCGUUAUACUUUCGUUUUCGUGAAAAGUGAAGUUAAGUUUCGCUUUGUCCCUUCAUUUUGCAGCAAGAUGGCGGACGUGGACGACUCCCAGCUGUCUCUGCUCUGCCUCGGUGACGACCUUACCUGCAGUAUCUGCCUGUGUACCUUCGACAGUCCAGUGACCAUCCCCUGUGGACACAACUUCUGCCAGGAGUGCAUCCUCGCCACUUGGAAAGAAAGCAACAGCUGUCCGCAAUGUCGUACCCGCUACCCCACCAAGCCGGAAGUGAAGAAAAACACGGUUCUCAGUGCCGUGGUCGAGACCUUCAAUGCCCGGUUGACCAAAGUCGAAGCGGAUGCGAUCUCUUCAGGAAUGGCGGCGAGCAAAGUGGCCACGGGCACAGCCAUACGCUGUGAUUCGUGUAUGGAAGCGGAGGCGGUCAAGACCUGCUUGACCUGCAUGGCCUCCUAUUGCGACCGACACCUGCGGCCGCACCGCGACAGCCCGAUGUUCCGGGUCCACCAGCUGACCGAGCCCAUCGGCGACCUGUUGGAGCGCAUCUGCCCGGACCACCACAAACUCAUGGAGCUCUUCUGCACCCAGCACGACCGCCUCAUCUGCACCCUCUGCCUCCAGCAAGUACACAAAACCUGCGACUUCAUCACACCCGAGCAGCAAAGGACCAAGCAAGAGUCCAACCUGAGACAGAAGUUGGGUUUUGUUGACAAGAAGAUUAAACAGAACGAGGCUGUCGUAUCUCAAAUGGCAGACAUCCAGCAAAAUCUGCAGGGCAGCGCCUCCACCAAGAAAUUCGCUUUGGCUCAUGAGUACCAACAGAUUCGAGACAUGCUAGUCAAUGAGGAGCGUGCUGCUAUGAUCGCGGUGGACCAAGAGCUGGAGUCUUCUCAGACCAAGCUCAGAGUUCUCAUGAAAAGGUUUUCUGAAAAUAUUACUAACUUGAGCAAGGCUAAAGUGGAGAUCCAGAGCCUACUUGGUCAGUCACGAACAAUGGCCUUUUUGCAGGCUUCACUUAACCUGCCCAAAGCUGCAACUUUUGAUCCUUACGCCCCUCGAAUCAACUUGGACUCCAAAAAGUUGACAGCAACCGAGGAGUUUGCUGUUAAUCUGAAGAAACAGAUGUGUGACAUCCUGAGUCAGCCUCUUGAUGCCAGACUGCCAUUAAUUAAAACAGAGGAGAAAAUCCUGCCAAGACAUCCCAUAAAGAAUCAACCCCCAGCGGCGAAGCCAGUCAACGUCAAAGCUGACAAGAAGACACCACACAAAAAACCUAACAAGCCCAGUCCAAUCCUGGGUGGCGGCCAGGAACGGUCAAAAAAUCUGUCUCGUUCGAUGGAAAACCUCCUGGCGUAUAGUGGGAAACUAAGAAUCAUGCCCCAUCUAACUCCGACACCUGAACCCAAAGAAAGAACAGAAACGAUGGACUGUCCUUCUGACCUUGUCGCUGAAAAUAGACACCGUCUUCUGAUGUAUGGCACCGCACUCAGUUUUGAUCCAAAGACAGCGCACAAGCGGAUCGUACUAAGUGAGAGCUUCACCAGGGCAUCUGUAUCAGACCAAGUUCUUCCUGCAAAGUGCGACGACUGGCCUGAACGCUUCUCUGUCUGCUCUCAAGUGCUUGCCUCGCAGGGUUUCACUCAUGGGUGCCACUACUGGGAAGUUCAGAUUAAGAACAACAACUUCACUGGCAUUGGAUUGGCUUACAGUAGCAUUGACCGCAAAGGUCCCACCAGUCGACUUGGCCGCAACGCCGAGUCUUGGUGUGUGGAGUGGUUUAACAUCAAGCUGUCGGCUUGGCACAACAGCAACGAGACCGUUGUCGUCCAUACCAAUCCAAAACGUGUUGGUGUGUUGCUGGAUUUUAACUCCAGCUCUGCUACGUUUUACAAUGUAGCAGAUAGGGCUUAUCCCUUUUACUCUUUUGUGUUCCCAUUCACUGAGGCCGUAUAUCCAGCUUUCUGGAUUUUCUCCUCUGAGUCAUCUAUUUCACUGUGCAAACUGAAUCCCUGAGGAACACAUUUGACAUUUGCCACGUCAUAUAGUAGUGGUACAAUAAAUAAUAGUCAAUGCAGUGGUGCCUUGGUUCUCAAACACAAUCCGGUCCAGAAGGCUGGUUGAAAACCAAAACCCUCAAAAACCAAAGCACGUUUUCCCAUUACAAUGAAUUGUAAAUGAAAUAAUGCGUUCCAAGUCUAAAAAAUGGGUUUUUUAAAGCAAUUUUUUUAGCUUUUCCUGACAAUAAACUGCAUAGUAGAAAGAAAUGUUUUGUUUAAAUACUUUAUGUAAUUAAAUCAUUUACGAAAUAUAUUUAUUUUUUGCUUAAAAUGUAUGCUUUAGCCUAGUAGAGUAUACUAGGCUGGGAGUGCAUUGCCGUAUCUGUAGCAACUUAGCCUCACAGUUCUGAGGUCCCGGGUUCGAUCCCGGGCCUGCCUGUGUGGAGUUUGCAUGUUCUACCCGUGCCUGUGUGGGUUUUCUCUGGGCACUCGAGAUUCCUCCCACAUCCCAAAAACAUGAAACAUGAAUUGGACACACUAAAUUGCACCCAGGUGUGAUUAUGAGUGCAACAGUUAUCGUUAUGUGCCCUGUGAUUGGCUGGCUACCAGUUGAGGGUGUACCAUGCCUCCUGCCCGUUGACAGCUGGGACAGGCUCCAGCACUUCCGCACCCCUCGUGAGGAUAAGGGGCUAAGAAAAUGGUUGGCUCGUUCAUUCAUUCAUUCUCUAGCGUUGUCCUCAAUAGAGUCGGUUAUGACCGGGAGCCGAUCCCAGCUGACCUUUAGUGAAAGCUGUUGUUUAUUAUUAUUAUUUCUGGCCAUUAUUUAUUGGCCUAAAUUUCAAUAAACAUUCCAAGGUACAGUUUUCCUCAAAACUUAAAUUGAUCUCUAAAUUGGAUUUGUAUGUAUAUUUAAUGAUGAGAAAAAAAAAAUCUAAAACAAUUUGUCUCGUAUCUCACCAACCAUUACUGAUUGUGUGCGGACAGACAGGGCCGUGAAUGGGGUUAAUGUGUUGAAAGCUGUGCUCAUUGAUUUGAGUGGUGGUCUCUAUCCCUUUGGGAAUUGUUCUAUUAAGCUUGAUCCAAAUGAACGCCUACAAUGCUGCAAAUGUUUGCUCUAGUAAUGUAAUUCCCUCUUGAAUUGUAUUUUGUUGAAUUAUUUCUGAUCUGAAGUUUUGUACUUCAAUUAAUUUGUGCUUCUAAGUGUUGUUUUAAGCAAGUCUUAUGUGAUUACAUUUUGAGGCUGGCAAGUGUGCCAGUUUGAUGUAUAAUUGGUGUUACUAAUCAAGUUUACUGUCCCUUAAAAGGGCUUCCUAAUCAUCUUUUAUGCUUUUUUUCUGUUGUCAUCACAGCACCAGCAAUAUAUUGUACGUGUGAAAUGGAAUUUAGAAUCAUUUUAAAAAUAAAGUUUCUUGAUUUCUA